AUGAAUGGCAGUGAUGCUUCACUCCCAGAUGAAAUCAACAUCUUUUAUGAAAGGGAGAAUAAAGCUACGUCAGUGAGGAUCCCUGCAGCACCCAGUGACCCUCUGAUCUCUGUCUUGAAGGCUGAAGUCAGGGUGUCGUUCAAGAGGGUGAAUGCUCACAAGAUGACUGGCCCGGAUAGUCUACCUGGCAGGGCUCUGAAAAGCUGUACCAACCAAUUGGCAGGGAUGUUUGAAGACAUUUUAAAUCAUUCAGUCAGAAGUUCUCACCUGCAUCAAAAGGGCAAAAAUUAUACCAAUACUGUACCCAAGAAGAGUAGGGCAAGACAUGAACCGAUCUGCAGCAAAGUCAACAACAAGAAGAAACGAGUAUUCAACUCAUACAAUCAAAGAGCUCAGGGGACUGAGGUCAGCUCAGUAAGAGGAUCAUUAGUUGGAAAGAACUUUGCACCCCCGGUCUCGCACUGGAGAGAGCAACAUGAGGACUUCAUCAACACCAUCAGAAAUGCCCGGCUCAGCACCAACGCCAUGAAGAAGGGGCUCCCUCUUCCCCCACCACCACCCCCCAGCAUUAACCCAGACUACAUCGAAUGUCCCUAUUGCAACAGGCGUUUCAACGAGACCGCUGCUGAGCGUCAUAUUAACUUCUGCAAGAGCAAUGUCAAGCGUAAGGUGGUGGCCAGGCAGACGAUUCAGCCCCCGUCUACUUCCCAGGCCAAAGCCCCCUCUCCCAGACUGCAGGUGCAUAUGGCUUCGAAGCCAAUGGUGGACACCAGCAGGGCUGCACCUGCACCGUCAUCCUCACAGCAGACUGCCCGGGGCCCCCUUGCAUACUCGGCACCCCCUGCUCGCACCGGACCAUCCGUCUACUCACCAUCAUCGGUGAGGGCAUCGCAAAAGGCAGCUGGGUCUUCGUCAAAGGGUAAGCUGACUGCCGCAGCCCAAGCCGUCAUGGGCAUCAGAGAAGAUGAUGCAUCCACCAGCCGAAUGCACUGAGAAUGGACGGCAGGGGUCAACCUUCAGCACAGUACUCCUGAUAUGGCCGGAUGUAGGACAGAGGCUGUGGAGUCCAGAGCCUCAUGAAGCAGCAGUUUUGCCCAGACAGCGGAGGAGUUCAGCAGGGUAUCACCAGCUGGUUACACCAACAUCUACUCAACUCCCCACACUAGCACCCUCCCCAAACUGCAGUAAAUAUCGACUUAUUUCUCUGUGUUUUAUUUGAAAAGGGGGAGGAAGUGGGGAGUGGAGCUCUCAGUGAGGAGGGUAUGUGCCAGACUCAUUUUCAGCAAGGCCACUUGUCUGUGUGAGAGCACGGGUACACACACUGUGUCUAUACGUGUAACAUGUGUCAAUGGGUCUGAGUUCAGGAGGACCCACAGUGGAAGAAUUAUUGGCUGCCACCGACACCAGCACCUCCCUCCAUACCUUGCCUGGGAACAAACUGCUUGCUUCAGUGUCCUUCACUGGACUGACCACAGCUCCAGAGAUCACUGUGGUCACCCCAGUCCAUGCCACUGCUCUGAAACAUCACUAUGAAUGUGUUAUCACCAAAAUAAUGUGUGUAUGCUCUCGCACACUCAUUCUGUCUCACUCCCUCGCAGUCACACUGUCUUUUGCAUGGUCCCUCUCUCGCAUUUGGCCAUCUCUUGCAAUUGGCCUCUCCCUCACUCUCACCCUCUCAUCUCGAGAUCUCUUUCUCUCAUUCAACUCUUUCACAUUUGGCUUCUUGCACACUUAUGUAGUCUCUCACUUUCUUACACACUUUUUCUCAGUUUUUCUCUGUCACAUGUUUUUCUGUCUUUCGUUCUCAGUCCUUCUACCUCUCACACAGUCAGAUAGGAAUAUCUGCACACAUAAAAGACGUAACGCUAAUCUGUGCACAUGCUCAUAGAUGUGCAUGAGUACAAACACAUGGCUACAGAAGCAGAUGAAUAUGUACACAAGUUCAUCACGCCCCAGCCACUUAAGACCAUAAGGCUAAGACAUAGGAGCAGAAUUAGGCCAUUUGGUCCAUGAAGUCUGCUCCGCCAUUCAAUUACAGCAAAUCUUUUUUUCCCCUCCUCAGCCCCACUCCCCAUAACCUUUGAUGCUGUGGCCAAUCAAGAACCUAUCAAUCUCUACCUUAAAUACACCUAACGGCUUGGCCUCCACAAAUUCACCAUCUUCUGACUAAAGAAAUUUCUCUGCAUCUGUUUUAAAUGGACGCCCUUCUAUCCUGAGGCUGUGCCCUCUUGUCCUAGACUCCCCCACCAUGGGAAACAUCCUUUCAACAUCUACUGCCUAGGCCUUUUAACAUUCAGAAGGUUUCAGUGAGAUCCACACUCAUUCUUCUAAAUUCCAAUGAGUACAGAUCCAGAGCUGUCAAAUGUUCCACGUAUGAUAACUUUCAUUCUUUAAAUCAUCUUUGUGAACUUUCUUUGAACCCCAAUGCCAGUACAUCCUUUCUAAGAAGCCAAAAACCAUUCAAAACACUCAAGGUGAGGCCUCGCCAGUGCCUUAUAAAGCCUCAAUAUCACAUCCCUGCUCUUAUAUUCUAGACCUCUUGAAAUUAAUGCUUACAUUGAAUUGGCCUUCCUCGCUGACUCAACCUGCAAAUUUAUCUUGAGGGUAUUCUGCUCAAAGACGCCCAAGUCCCUUUGCAUCUCAGAUUUUUGGAUUUUCUCCCUGUUUAGAAAGUAGUCUGCAUAUUUACUACUUCUACCAAAGUGCAUGACCAUGCAUUUUACAACAUUGUAUUUCAUUUGCCACUUUCUUACCCAUUCUUCUAAUCUAAGUCCUUCUGCAGACUUCCUAUUUAUUUACACUACUUGCCCCUCCACCAAUCUUUGUAUCAUCUGCAAACUUGGCAAUAAAAUUUUAAAUCAUUGAUAUACAGCAUAAAAAGAAGUGGUCCCAACACCGACCCCUGUGGAACACCACUAGUCACUGGCAGCUAACCAUAAAAGAAUCCUUUUAUUCCCACUCGCUGCCUCCUACCAGUUCCACCCAUGCUAGUAACUUUCCUGUAAUACCAUGGGCUCUUAACUUGGUAAGCAGCCUCAUGCAUGGCACCUUGUCAAAGGCAUUUUGAGAAUCCAAAUAUACAACAUCCACUACAUCCCCUUUAUCUAUCCUACCUUUAAGCUCCUCAAAGAACUCCAACAGAUUCAUCAGGCAAGAUUUUCCUUUAAAGAAAACAUGCUAUCUUUUACCCAUGUCACCAAGUACUCCAAAACCUCAGCCUGAACAACUGAGUCCAACAUCUUCCCAACCACUAAGGUCAGGCUAACUGAUCUAUAAUUUCCUUUCUGCUGCCUCCCUCCUUUCUUUGAGUGGAGUGACAUUUGCAAUUUUCCAGUCCACUGGAAGCAUGCCUUGCACUUGUUCAAGAUCAUGAUUGGGGUUUUUUUUGAUGUGUAAAACUAAUCAAAUAUAAAGAGACAGUACACUGUUAAAGGCAAAAUCCUUGACAGUGUUGAUGAACAGAGGGAUCUUGGGGUCAAAGUUCAUUGCUUCCUGAAAGUGGCUAGAUAGGUUGAUAGGAUGGUUAAGACGACCAUGUGCAUGCUCGUCCUUACUCGUCAAGGCAUUGAGUUCAAAAGUCAGGAAGUUAUAUUGCAGUCUAAAACUCUAGUUAGACCGCAUCUGGAGUAUUGCAUACAGUUCUGGUUGCCACAUUUUAGGAAGGAGGUUGAGGCUUUGUAGAGGAUGCAGAAGUUUACCAGGAUACUACCUGGUUUACAGAGCAUGUACGAGAGGUUGGAUAAACUUGGUUGUUUUCUUUGAAGCAGUGGAUGCUGAAGGGAGUCGUGAUAGAGAUUUAUAAGAUUAUGAGAAGCAUAGAUCAAGUAUCUUGUUACCAGAGUUGAAAUGUCUAAUACAAGAAGGCAUUUAAGGUGAGAGGCAUAAUUUCAAAGAUUUUUUUUUUAAUACACACAGUGGUGGUAGAGGCUGAUAAAUUAGGGAUUUUUACGAGAUAUUUCAAUAGGCACAUUGAAUGUGAGGAAAACGGACGUAGAGCAGGCAGAGGGGAUUAGUUGGCAAUUUGAUUACUAAUUUAAUUGCUUCAGCACAAUAUUGUGGGCUGAAGGGCCUGUUCCUGUACUGUACUUUGUUCAAUGUUCUCUUCCCAAAAAUAGAGGCUUUUCUUCCGAUUAUAAAAUGUAGAAUAGUAAAGCAGAGGAACAGGCCCUUGGGCCCAUAACGUUCUGUCAAACCAAUUAACUUACUAAUCAAGUAAAUGCCUUCUACCUGCUCAAUAUCCAUAUUUCCAUUUCCUGCAAUUCAUAAAUUAUUAAUAAAUCUGCAGUGAAUUCCAAAUUGCAGCAUAAAGCACUCUCUCCUCGUCACCCCGUUUUUUUUGCAGUGUGUCAAGCUGCAAGAGAAAGUGGUUGAGGCAGGUACAACAACAGCAUAAAAUCAGAAUAUGGGUAGGAAAUGUUUAGAGGCAUUGAGUGCAAAUGAUCUCAUCCUGAUCCAUCACCCAGGACAGGCCUUCUUCUCAUUGCUAUCAUCUGGGUGAAGGUCCAGGAGCCUGAAGACACACAGUCAAACGUUUUGGGAACAGCAUCUUCCCCUCUGCCAUCAGGUUUCUGAUUGGACAUUGAACCAUGUACACUACCUCUAUUUUGUUCGUUUUUUUAACACUAAUUUAAUUUAUAUAUUCGUUGUAAUUUACAGUUGUGUUUUGCAAUGUACUGCUGUAAAGCAAUAAAUGCCGGAGAUAUUAAACCUAAUUCUGAUCGUUACCUGCACUGCACUUACUCUGUAGCCGUAGCAACAUAGAAGGCGAUGAGCUCAAAGCCUUCCAUCUGCACUUUGAAAGGGAGAAUAUAACUACAGCUGUGAAGAUCCCUGCUGCACCCAGUGACACUGUGCUAAGCUGUCUUUAAAGAAGGUGAACUCUCACAAGUCGGUAGGUCCCGAUGGAGUACCUGGUAAGGCUCUGAAAACUUGUGCCAAUCAACUAGCAGGAGUAUUCAAGGACAUUUUCAACCUCUCACUGCCAUGGGUGGAAGUUCCCUCUUGCUUCAAAAAGGCAACAAUUAUACCAGUGCACAAGAAGAAUGUGAGCUGCCUUAAUGACUAUCACCUGGUAGCACUCACAUCUACAGUGAUGAAAUGCUUUGAGGUUGGUCAUGGCUAGAAUCAACUCCUGUCUCAGCAAGGACCUGGACCCACUGCAAUUUUCCUGUUGCCACAAUAGGUCAACAGCAGACACAAUCUCAAUGGCUCUUCACAUGGUCUUAGACCAACUGGAUAACCUGUAUCAAGAUGUUCAUCAACUAUAGCUCAGCAUUUAAUACCAUCGUUCCCUCAAUCCUGAUUGAGAAGUUACAGAACUUGGGCCUCUGUACCUCCCCCUGCAACUGGAUCCUUGACUUCCUAACAGGAAUACCAGUCUUGUGCGGAUUGGUGAUA